AUGGCUCUACUUCCUUCUUUAACUACUAAUGGAAUUAAAUUAUACCCUUUAAUUGGUUAAGUAUUCAUAAUUUUAGGACUAUUUGAUAAUACUGGCUUUAUGCAUUCUUUUGAAACAAUCAUUUGUCCAAUAGGUUAAUAUCUGAACUAAUAAAGACAAAAUGAUAACGAUCUUUGCUCUCCUUAUCAAACAAUAUGUGAUAUACCCAAUCCCAAAAAUAUUUGCUAUUGCGACGAUUAUUAUUAUUAAAAAUCUACGUAAUAUAUUGAAUUAAAAAUGUAUAAAGUGUGA